UACUUUGUUAGUAAUAGUAUAUAAAUUGACACUGUUCUAUUGUUCUAUUUUUUUAAUGCUUUUAUAACGUUCAGUCCAUUCAAAGUAACCGUAACAAUGAAUACGUCGUUUUGUAAAGUGAAGUUGUUUGUGUAUUAUAUUGUUACCAGUUUUAUUACAUAUGCAUCUGUUGAUGCAUUGCAAAUCCUUGCAAUAGAACAUAUUGCCGCUAAAAGUCAUUGGAAUUUUAUGAGUGCAGUUCUCCAAUCUUUGUCAGAAAAUGGUCAUAAUGUUACCGUAUACACUCCAUUUCCCGUUGGAAAUCAGAGCAACUACACAGAAAUCAGUUUGGAAUUAUUACCAUCACAAGUCGGAAUGGAUGCCGUAGAAUUAUUAAACAUGUUUGAAAAACCUACAGAUAUGAUACCUUUAAUCAUAAAUAUGACUCGAGAUUUUUGCAAUAUUGUUUACGAACAAAAGGAAAUACAAGAAUUAUUAAACAGUGAUAAAUCAAACUAUGAUAUUUUCAUCACUGAAGUUUUGUCGUCGGAGUGUUCAUCCUAUGUAGCAUCCAAGUUAAACUUGUCACUGAUAUACGUAAUUCCUUCGCCGAUGAUCACCUAUAUGGAGCACUCUGUAAUUGGAGAGGUGUCUAAUCCUGCAACAGUAUCUCAUCUUAUGUCUCACCACGCAGUACCUAAAACUUUUUAUCAACGAUUAUCAAAUGUUAUCAUUUUGGGUUUUAGUUUGUUUGAGUUAAUAUUUACAGAAAUGGAACUGAAAAAAAUUGACACUCAACCAUAUGAUCUGGUGGAAUCUGUAAAACCAUCGUUGGUAUUUAUAAAUACACAUUACAUAACCGAUGCGCCAAGACCUCUGUCUGCAAAUCUCAUUCAAGUUGGAGGAAUACAUUUGAAAUCACCAAAUAGCAUACCAAAUGAUAUACUUGAGUUUAUUGAGAACUCACCACAUGGAGUGAUUUAUUUUACAUUUGGUUCAGUCAUUUCAAUGUCAACAUUACCAGAUCACAUUCAAAAUGCGUUUAAAGAAGCUUUUGGGCAAAUACCUCAGAGGAUAUUAUGGAAGUACGAAGGAGAAAUGAAAGAUAAACCAAUUAAUGUAAUGACGAGUAAAUGGUUUCCUCAGCGUGAUAUACUUCUGCAUCCUAAUGUAAAAUUAUUUAUAAGCCACGGAGGUAUAUCUGGUGUAUAUGAAGCUGUAGAUGCAGGUGUUCCUGUUCUUGGAUUUCCAUUUUUCUAUGAUCAACAUAGAAAUAUAGAUAACUUAGUUGAAGCAGGAAUGGGAAUGUCUAUGGAUCUGUUCACUAUUCAAAAAGAUGAACUAUUAAACAAUAUUUUAGAACUCACUAAUAAUGAAAAAUACACGAAGAAUGCUAAAAUCACUUCUGAAAGAUUUAAAGACCGACCGAUGUCACCAGCAGAAUCAGUUGUUUACUGGACAGAGUAUGUAGUUCGUCAUAAUGGUGCACCACAUUUAAAAUCUCAAGCAUUUAAUUUGACGUGGUAUCAAUACAUUUUAUUGGAUGUUAUUGUUGUUAUUCUAAUUUUUAUCGCUUUAGUUAUUUUCAUUACUUACAAAGUUUUUAAAAUUGUAUAUUAUAAAUGUUUAAAAUAUUCACAAACUAUCAAACCAAAGUCAGAGUAAUUAGACAUCUAUAUGGUCUUAUUUAAUUAUAUAAUACAAUUUAUUUAUAAUAUUGAUAGUUGUUAAUAUCAAAAAUAAAUUAAUAUUUAAAUGUUUAAAAAAAAAUCAAAUAAACUACUUUUUUAUGUAUUA